GCACAGGCGUUGGAGCGGGGUCGCACACCCGACAAUUCCAGCGUCAGCCUACCUUGCAUGCGCCGAUAUUUCCAGAACCAGCCGUCGCCGCCGUAAACGCGAGGAGGGAGGGGGGAGGAGAGGUUAGCCUUUUUCGGUCGACGUAAUGAUCUGGUGAUCUAGUAUAUUGUUCGAUAAUAUUUCUUGUUCUUCUAGUAACAAAAGAACAAAACACAAAGGGACAAGGACAAACGGAGCAGCCAUGCCCGAGUUCCCCAAGCUUCCCCCGUCAGGGAUCAGGGUGCUCGUCGUCGGGGCCGGGUUUGCGGGCCUCGCGGCGGCGAUCGAGUGCGACCGCAAGGGCCACUCGGUGACGCUGCUGGAGAAGGUGGACGCGAUCGAGGAGAUCACGCGGACGGGCGACAUCAUCAGCUUCGACCCCAACGGCACCAAGGCGUUUGAGCGGUGGCCGGGCGUGGUCGAGGCCAUGGAGAAAGUGGCGCGCCAGACGACCUGGCUGGACCUGCACCACUGGGAGGGCAAGUUCGUGACGCGCCAGUCGUUCGCCGACGAGAGGGUCUGGGGCCGCCGGAUCAAUGGCCACCGCGGGGAGCUGCACUCCAUCAUCUACAACCACGCUAAGGCCCGCGGCAUCGACAUCCGCCUGGGCCAGCGCGUGACUGACUACUUUGAGUCUGACGACGGGGCCGGCGUUGUGGCGAAUGGGCAGAAUAUCGACGCCGACGUCGUCGUCGCCGCUGAGGGCGUGCGGUCGCGCGGGAGGAGGAUCGUGCUGGGCUUUGACGACAACCCCAAGUCGUCUGGCUAUGCCGUGUACCGGUCCUGGUACCCGGGCGAAGUCGUGGCCAAGAACCCCGCAAUCAAGCACCUCGUGGAAAACGGCGACACGCACGUGGGCUACAUCGGGCCGGACAUCCACUUCCUGACGUCGUCGCUCAAGAACGGCACCGAGUUCAAUUGGGUCUUCACGCACAGGGACGACGGCAACGUCGACGAGAGCUGGCAGUUCCCGGGCAAGGCGGAAGAGGCCAUCAAGUAUCUCGAGGGCUGGUCGCCCGUGGUCCGGGAGAUCGUCAUGGCCACGCCGCCGACGGGCCGCCUCAUCGACCACAAGCUGGUGUACCGGGACCCGCUGCCGACCUUCAUCUCCCCUAAGGCCCGCAUCGCCCUGAUCGGCGACGCCGCCCAUCCAUUCCUCCCGACAUCCAUACAGGGCGCCAGCCAGUCGAUCGAGGACGGCUCGGCCCUCGCCGUCUGCCUGGAGCUGAGCGGUAGGGCCAAGGCGCCCCUCGCCGUGCGGGCGUACGAGAAGAUCCGCUACGACAGGGUGCACCGGGCGCAGGCCAUGGGGCCCAAGACGAGGGAGAGGUGGCACAAGGCCAGGUGGGACCACAUCUGGAAGAACCCCGAGUCGCUGCACCUGAUCAGGGAACCCUGGCUGCUCAACUUUGACCAGGAGGCCGACACGUAUGCGAGAUACAACGACGUCGUUGCGGGCCUGGCUGACCCUAAGGCACGCCUGUGAGACAACCCAGAUGGGGGGUGGAGGGGGGGUUGAAAUAGACAGUGACAGCGAUUGUCUGCAUAGAGGCUCUUGUUGUAAGCAAAACUGUAAAACUCAAAAUGCAAUACUUCCUUGUCUGGGUGACCAUGGCUGUGUCAGAUGACAGAUAUCAACAUCCGAUCAUACGAUCGGAAACUUCACACAGCCAUGAAGUAGUACCGCGUAGCGACAUCGUACUCAAGCAGCACCUCGGCCUCCAUCGCCUCCACAUCCACCACAACCUGCCGCCACAAAGCCAGCUCAUACGACUCGGGCGCGACACUCGGCAGCACCAUGGCGCACAGGUAUCUCCCCUCCCCCGCCUCCCCCGCCUCCCUCACCACCUCCUUCCCCAGCACAUCCCGCACCCUC